AUGGACACAUCUCCAUGGACCAUCGAAGAAAUCCUCGCUACGGGCAUCAUGGACCCGGAGUUCGAGGCCGCUUGGAAAGCCAAUGGCUCGCCGCCGGGACGCAUCCCCAGCGACAUUCCCACGUUCCAGAAGACCAUCCAGGCAACCCUCCCAAGCGCCCAGCAAAUGCUCGCAGCUAGCCGACCACCGAACAUUAUCGAGAGAGAAAUCGACAUCCCCAUCGACGACACGUUUUCAUCUCGCACAAUCGUCUGCCAGGCCGCCACGCCCAGCACCUCCCCGUCUCCCAUCGUGAUCCUCGUCCACGGCGGCGGCCACUGCGUUGGGUACCCGGAGCUGGAGCUCACCACCGCGCGGGAACUGGUGUUGGCACAUGAGGCCACUUGCAUCUUGCCGUCCUACCGCCUUGCACCGGAGUACCCUUUCCCUACCGACGUCAACGACAUCUUCGUAGUGGCGCGGUAUAUCGCACGCAAGGCAGCUGAGCAAGAUGGAGGAGGCAUUCUGCCUGCGAAUGCCGACCCAAAGACGGCUUUCAUCAUUGGUGGGCUUUCGGCCGGGGCAGCCAUCAGCAAUGAUGUGGCACACCUUGCUCGGGAUCUUUGUCUAGAGCCUCCACUUACCGGGCUGUUCCUUGCAUGUGGGAUUUUCUUCGAUCCUGAUAGUGUUCCCGAUCGUUACAAGGAACAAUAUCUCUCAAUGGAACAGAACAAGUCUGCCCCCAUCCUCGAUACGGCUUCUCUGAAGCAAUAUAUGAGCGCGUAUAAGGGGGAUAAACCCUUGCCCCUCCGCAAUCCAUCUCCUGUUGGCCAACAGCCUCACUCCAACACUACAACAACUGCAACCGGACGUAACUUCCUGCCGCCUGUAUAUUUCCAAGUCGCUGGGAUGGAUCCUGCGCGGGACGACAGCCUCAUUUACGAACGCAUGCUGCGCGAAGAGUGCGGAGUGCCUACGAGAAUGGAUGUGUAUCAUGGGCUUCCUCAUGGAUUCUGGACACAGUAUCCUGACCUGAAAGCUUCCCGGAAACGGAUGCGAGAUGCUGUAGACGGCGUCGGGUGGUUGUUAGGGAACAAAUAG